CAUAUAACAAAAAUAUUGGAUGGUUGUGGUUUCUACCCUGAUAUUGGAAUAAGAGUUCUCAUUGAAAAAUCUCUGAUUACUAUUGUUGGUGAAAGAUUGUGGAUGCAUGACUUGCUGCAAGAAAUGGGUUGGAAACUCGUUCAGCAAGAGUCCCCAGAAGAGCCAGGAAGACGUAGUAGACUAUGGCUGUACAAGGACAUUUCUCAUGUCUUGACAAAAAAUACUCAGAUGUUGAAGGCAUGGUCUUAGACUUGCCAGAAGCAGAAGAGAUACAAUUGGAAGCUCAAGCUUUCAGGAAACUGAAAAAAAUCAGAUUAUUAAAGUUUCGUAAUGUGUACUUCAGCCAGAGCCUUGAAUAUCUUUCUAAUGAGUUGCGGUAUCUCAAAUGGUAUGGAUAUCCGUUCAGGAAUCUACCAUGUACUUUCCAAUCAAAUGAACUGCUUGAACUUAAUAUGUCCUACAGUCAAGUUGAACAAAUUUGGGAGGGCACAAAGCAGCAAUUUAACAAGUUGAAAAUUAUGAAACUCAGUCACUCCAAAAAUCUUGUCAAGACACCAGAUUUUAGAGGGGUGCCAAGUCUUGAAAAGCUGGUUCUUGAAGGAUGUUUGGAAUUGCAAGAGAUUGAUCAAUCAAUUGGGAUUCUCGAAAGACUUGCUUUACUGAACUUGAAAGACUGCAAAAAGCUUUCAAUUCUUCCAGAGAGUAUAUAUGGUUUAAAGGCACUUAAAAUUGUUAAUCUAUCUGGUUGUUCAAUUCUUGACUACAUGUUGGAGGAACUGGGAGAUAUAAAAUCCUUGGAGGAGCUUGAUGUAAGCGGAACUACAGUAAAACAGCCAUUUUCUUCCUUCUCCCAUUUCAAGAACCUUAAGAUAUUAUCUCUUCGUGGAUGUAGCGAACAACCACCAGCAAUUUGGAACCCUCACUUGUCUUUGUUACCAGGAAAAGGUUCAAAUGCAAUGGACCUGUACUCUCUAAUGGUGUUAGAUCUAGGUAACUGCAAUCUACAGGAAGAGACAAUCCCCACUGAUUUGAGUUGCCUGUCAUCAUUGAAAGAAUUUUGUCUGAGUGGUAACAACUUCAUCAGUCUACCGGCAAGUGUCUGUCGCCUUAGCAAGCUUGAGCAUCUAUAUUUAGACAACUGCAGAAACCUUCAAUCCAUGCAGGCAGUCCCUUCCAGUGUGAAGUUGUUAAGUGCACAGGCAUGUUCUGCACUGGAAACAUUACCCGAAACUUUAGACUUAUCUGGUUUGCAAUCUCCACGAUUCAAUUUUACCAAUUGCUUUAAGUUGGUUGAGAAUCAAGGCUGCAACAACAUUGGAUUUAUGAUGCUGAGAAACUACCUACAGGGACUAUCUAAUCCAAAACCUGGAUUUGACAUUAUUAUUCCAGGAAGUGAAAUUCCAGAUUGGUUAAGUCAUCAGAGUUUAGGAGACUGUUCGAUAAGUAUAGAACUACCACCAGUCUGGUGUGACAGUAAGUGGAUGGGAUUUGCUUUAUGUGCUGUUUAUGUAAUCUAUCAGGAACCAGCCUUAAACUUCAUUGAUAUGGAUCUCACCUGUUUUAUUAAAAUCAAGGGCCAUACUUGGUGCCAUGAGCUUGACUACAGUUUUGCAGAGAUGGAGCUGGUUGGUUCAGAUCAGGUAUGGCUAUUCUUUUUGUCCCGCUAUGAAUUCCUGGGUAUUGAUUGUCAAGGUGUAGCCAAGACAUCUAGUCAUGCUGAGGUUAUGUUCAAAGCACAUGGUGUUGGCCUUUAUGUAAAGAAGUUUGGGGUUCGUCUAGUAUAUCAGCAAGAUGUUUUAGUGUUCAAUCAGAAAAUGGAUCAAAUCUGUAGCUCUAGAAAUGAGAAUCUCGAAGUUCGUCACCAAGAUUCUGAUAAUUCAGAAGUUGUGGGUGCCUUAGUUAAGCGAAGCUGUAUUGAGAACUUCAGCAAUGAUGUUUCAGAAUCUCUUGGAAGAAGCAACUUCGAGGAGGAACCACCACCUAAAAGAUUGAAAGAAAUUGAUUGAAUUUGGGAUCCAUGGCCAUCUAAGAUUCCUUCUACUCAUGGAGUAAACCUUUCACUUCCUUACUGGUAAGUCCAUCUUUAUGUGUUGUGUCUUACGUAACCAUGCGUUCAUACAAUUAAAGGUGGUAAUUUCGAUCGCAAGUUCUGUUAAUAGUCUUAAUAUCUGCUUAUUGUGUUAUUAUUUAUUUUGGAUAAUGAACUGCAUUUAAUAAUUUGAGUCAAAGAAAUCUAGGAAUUAAUUAUUGGAAAGAGACACAUGUCGCGGCGGCUACAUGAAUAGUGAAAUAGCAAGCCAUUAUAAAAUUGCUUAGGUAUUCAUUGCGCCUUCGGACCUAUAAAGGCUGAAAAUUAUACUAAUACUUGUACUUGCUUGGGUAUUCAUUGGGUCUUCAUACGUAUAAGGGCCAAAAUUAUACUAAUACUUAUAAAAGAAUUUUUUAAAAAUAUCCUAAAAUCAAUAAAAAUAUCAUUUUCACUUUGAAAAUAUUUUUUGAAAAAACAUAUUGCAUUUUUUUAACUUUUUAUUUAAAUUUACAUAUGGUUAUUUUUCCUCUGUUUUGCAGUUGUUUUACCAAAAAACAACCGGGGAAAAACCAACAAACAAUAAAAACUGUACUUUUAAAAAAAAAGUUAAGAAACUGUAUUUUUUAUAUUUUAAUACAAUAAAAUAAAAAAAAUCCGUAAAUUUAAUAAAAAAAUUAAAAAAACAAAGGUAUUUUAAUAAUUUUUCCUACUUGUAACUAUAUUAAUACAGUAGCUUCCAAUAUGGGCAAAAUGGAUAAGACAUAUUGUCUUUCUUCUUCCAAUUUCAAUGUAAAGGUUACCGUUUACCACUUUGUUUUAUAAGUAGCAUAAAAGUUGUCCUUCCAUAGAAAAUUUGUCAUUCCAUAGAAGCUCCUUGUACAUUUGCUACAAAUACAUAUUAACUGAAGAGUAAAAAUAAAAGAAGCCUAAAACCUAAUGUUUAUGCACCCAUUGGUUUGAGAGAAAAAAGAAUUACGAAGGGAAAACAAGGAGCAAUGCAUGCAAACCGAGGUUGAUUUUGAGGAAGGAAAGGAAAAAAGAAUUUGCACCACUCUCUUACGUUUUUCGUCCCUUAUCCUAACUUUAUAUUUCUUAUCCUAGCUUGAAAAGAGAUGAAUUUGACUUGUGUAGUUUUGUAAAAGAAUCAAAGCGAGGCCGACUGUGGAUGUUCCUACUGAUAUUGAGUUACUAGCAAUAGCUAAUACGACAUUUUAAGAAGAUAAGUUGGUCAAUUUGUAGAUCAAUACAAUCAUCGAUGAAUCUGUGAUUACUCUAGCUGUGGAUGUUUCUAUUGAUAUUGCAUUACCAACAACAACUAAUUUGGCAUUUCAAGAAGAUGAACCGGUCAAUUUGUAGAUCAAUGAAACAUCUAUAGUUGUCGAUAAAUUUGUGCAAUUGAAUGCUGCUGAGGGAGAAUUUAUUAAUUUAGUUGAUGACGAAGAUGAAGUUUUACAUGAACCGAUCGGAAAAGAAGAUAAAGAUGAAGCUAGUGAUAAAGAUUAAUAUUUACAUAUAUUUGUUUAGUAUUAUUUAAAUUUAGUUGUAUAAAACUUUAUAAGACAAUAAUUGUUACAAUUGAUUUUCAUGUAAUUCUUAAUGUUGGUCAUGAUAUAUAUUUUGCGACUCUUUAUAUUCA